GUGUGAGAGAGAGAGAGAGAGAGAGAGUUAGGAAAGGGAGGACUCUGGUCGCAUUGUUUAGCUCACAUCCCACAUUACACCGCGCUACGCCCGGUAGUGAAAGUGACAGCACCAUUCCCCGGCUCCAUCACUGCUGCUUUACUGCGCAUACACUCACCUCAUCUCCAGGAGCUCUCCAUUCCCGGCUAUGUCUUUCCAAGGCAAGAAGAACGUUUCCCGUGUUACGAGUGACAAGAUCAUCAUCAAAGGAGGGAAAAUUGUGAACGAUGACCAGUCCUUCUAUGCUGACAUCUUUAUCGAGGAUGGAACCAUCAAGCAGAUUGGGGAGAACCUCAUUGUGCCCAGCGGGGUGAAGACUGUGGAUGCCUAUGGGCACAUUGUCAUCCCAGGCGGCGUCGAUGUGAACACCAGCUUUUUGGCACCUCACUUGGGAAUGAUGCCAGCUGAUGACUUUUACCAUGGCACGCGCGCUGCCCUGGCCGGAGGCACCACCAUGAUCAUUGACCAUGUUGUUCCUGAGCCUGGCAUCAGUUUACUGACUGCUUAUGACCAGUGGCGGGAUACAGCAGAUAAGCGAUCAUGCUGUGACUACUCGCUGCACAUGGACAUCACCCGCUGGCAUGAGGGAAUGUUCGAGGAGCUUGAAACUUUGGUCAAGGACCAAGGUGUUAACUCCUUCCUGGUUUUCAUGGCGUAUAAGGACAGGUAUCAAAGCUCAGAUUCACAGAUAUAUGAGAUAUUCUCCAUUCUGAGAGAUUUGGGGGCGAUCGCUCAAGUGCAUGCUGAAAACGGGGACAUUAUUGAAGAGGAGCAGAAGCGGUUGUUGGAUCUGGGGAUCACAGGCCCUGAGGGACAUGUGCUGAGCCAUCCGGAGGAAGUGGAGACGGAGGCUGUGUAUCGAGCCAUCACCAUCGCUAAACAGGCCAACUGCCCCCUCUACAUCACCAAGGUGAUGAGUAAAGCUGCUGCUGAUAUCAUUGCCAAGGCCAGGAAGAAGGGCAUGGUUGUUUAUGGAGAGCCAAUCUCAGCUAGUCUUGGAACGGAUGGGUCACACUACUGGAGCAAAAACUGGGCCAAAGCUGCUGCUUUUGUCAUGUCUCCACCUCUUAAUCCAGAUGUGGGGACCCCAGACUACCUCAAUUCCAUGCUGUCCUGUGGGGAUCUUCAGGUAACAGCCAGCGCCCACUGCACAUUCUCCACAGCUCAGAAAGCUGUAGGGAAAGACAACUUUGCACUCAUUCCUGAAGGAACCAACGGCAUAGAAGAACGCAUGAGUAUUGUCUGGGACAAGGCUGUAGCAACAGGUAAAAUGGAUGAGAAUGAGUUUGUGGCAGUGACGAGCACAAAUGCGGCCAAGAUUUUCAACCUGUACCCUCGCAAGGGCAGAAUCGCUGUGGGCUCUGAUGCUGAUCUUGUCAUCUGGAACACCAAAGAGACCAAAACCUUCUCAGCUAAAACUCACAAUUUGAACAUAGAGAUGAAUAUCUUUGAGGGGAUGGAGUGCAAGGGCUUUCCUGUGGUUGUUAUCAGCCAAGGCAAUAUUGUUCUGGAGGAUGACAAGUUGGAAGUGAUAGAGGGUUCAGGUCGCUUUGUCCCCAGGAAAGCCUUUCCAGACUACGUGUACAAGAGGAUCAAAGCCCGGAGCAGGAUGGCAGAGGCUCGUGGUGUUCCUCGAGGUAACUAUGAUGGUCCAGUCCAUGAUGUAAUCAGCAUGACCAAGUCUGUACCACCGACUCCCACCAGCAGAGGCUCCUCCUGUCCAGGCAAGAGUGUGCUGGGGCCAGCUAGAAACCUGCACCAAUCAGGAUUCAGCCUGUCUGGAACUCAGAUGGAUGACCACAUCCCUAGGCGUACGGCACAGCGGAUUGUAGCACCUCCUGGAGGCAAAUCCAACAUCACCUCCCUCUCCUGAGGUGCAUCCACUGAAGGAAAACAUGCAAAUAUCAACAGUUGGCUUCCAGUUUAUUAUAUAACAAUAUCAACAAUAAUAUCAUGCAAGCGACAUUUUAUUCACAACCUUUCUACAACUUCUCCACCUUCCAACUGAAAAAGCCCAUCGUGUAGCAUGAAACAUUUUCCAAAACAUCCAUAACCUAUCUAUCUAUUCUGCUUUUACAUACAAGUAGCAUUCAUAACGUGAUGGAGAUAAAUAGUCAGUGAUUGUAACGUCUGUAUUAUUACUGAAUGGAUGACAUCCUGCGUUGCCUUUGAACCAGUGCUUUUCCUGUCUGAUGUGUUCUGCCGGAGACUGGAUUUUUCACGAGGGGCUCUGUGUCCGUGUCUGUACAUUGAACAAGCUAUCUAUAGAUUGUCUUAGCUUUGUAAUUAAAAUAGAGUCGGUGUAGUUAGGUGUGUAUGUUAGUAGAGUAAUAAAGAGCCAGUAGGCCAGUGGUUGAGUGUUAAAUAUCCAAGGCCUUAUCUUUCAAAGAAAGGAACAUGGAAGAAACAACAGACUGUAAUUUGCUACAGGUGAAAAGUCAUUGCCUUCCUUCCAUUGGCAUCAGUUUGGUCAUUUUAGUGUUUCUAAUGUGAAACAUUUGGUGCUCUUUAACAUGCUACUGUGAAGAACAGAACACUUUCUAGCCCUUACUGUCUAGUCUCCUUUAAUGUAAAACUCUCAUUUUUACUUUUCAAUUACAAGGGCCUUAAUUACAAAUGGCCAUUUUUAUAUCCAAAAUAGAACAGACCUUAUUAGCCAGAAACGUUCGUCUGUUUUUGAUGUGUUAAAACUGAAAGGUUAUCAUGCUCUGACGAAAGGAAGCCCGUCAAUAAAUUAUUGUUUUCUACCUUU